GAUCGCCUCCAGGGGUUUCUCCAGGUCCUGCGCUUGGCCAAAGCCAGAUCUGGCAGAAAGGCUGCUAAUGAGCCCUCGAUCUGAGCCUUGAGGAAAGAGAGGGACAACACUAAGAGUCAUUCAUCACUUCUGCAGCAGCGAUGUUUCAUUUUAUCCCAGAAUAUGUGGAUAAACGGUCGCCUUAUUCUUCUUUCAACUGUUCUACGUCUAAUCAUCAACAUCAGUUUCUGUAUAGCAGCUUGUUAUAAUGGAGAGUAUGAAAUAAAUGGCCAGUGCUGUCCAAUGUGUGAUGCAGGAAAGCGAGUUUUAAUGCACUGUGAUGAGAACACAAGCAUAACAUGUAUAUCAUGUAUUAAAGACACUUACACUGACUCCUCUAACGGAUUAUCCAAGUGUCUGCAAUGUUCUGUCUGUGAUUUAAGUAAUGGCCUGAGAGUAAAGAAAGCAUGUACAGUGACAUCAGAUACAGUGUGUGAGCCUCUGCCAGGUCAUUACUGUAUAGACGUAAAGGGGAAAAGCUGUUUACAGGCCAGAAAGCAUAAAACCUGCUCACCUGGACAGUAUAUCAACCAGACCGGAACAGAAUUUCAAAAUACGGAGUGUGCAGACUGCCCUGCUGGUUCAUAUUCAGAUGGUACACUCUGCAAACUACACACAAAUUGUGAAUCUCUUGGAAAAAUAGCAAUUAAACCAGGAACAGAAAAAGAUGAUGCUGAGUGUAGUGAUAAUGGACCAUCUUAUAUACUGCCUUUGAUUCUUACUUUGUGUGUAGUUACUGUGUUGUGCGUGUUGGCUGUCAUCACUGUAUUUAUUGUAAAGAAAAAAAAACAGAGAACGCAAAUGUCAUUGAAUCCAGAAGUUAUCGUUCAUCUUAACAUGGGGGAAUUAAAUGAAGAUUAACAUUCA